AUGAAGUUGUCCUUCUGUUUCAGUCUGGUUUUCCUUGCUGAAAUCAGAGUUUCCCAUGCAUCCCUGGGAGGCCUGAGGCAGCUUCGACCAGCAAACUUCAACUCUACAAGUACAAACGAUAAUUCCACGUCCUUGCCGGACCAUGAUAAUGAUCAUGACCACGAAUACGAAGACCUCAAUAGUGGCAUUGGCGAAUACGAUUUCGACUGCGACCCCGGUGGCCUUGUCUGCUCUGGUGACGAGAUCUGCUGCGACGACCAAUGCGUGGCAGACAGAUCCCUUUGCACACAACCAGAAACAGCCACUGAUAAUCCUACGGAGGCUCCCACUAGUUCUCCCACAGAAGCUCCCAGUGGUAAUCCCACUGGAACUCCCUCCAAUGCUCCCUCCAAUCCACCCACAUCGAUGGCUCCUAGCAAUGCUCCUAGCAUGGUACCUACCCUAUCACCUCCUCCGCCACCCAAUGACUUGUGCGUGAAUGCACAAGGUCCACUCCCCAUUACGGCGUCUAGUUUGGAUGGGAGUGUCGAAAUAACCGCUCUAGGGACCACCAUUGGAGCCACACGACAAGACAGUCCCGCUUGGUGCGGAUCCACACCCAUUUCCAGCGCCAAUGUUUGGUACACCGUCGUGGGCAAUGGCAAAAUCUUGGCCGCCACCACCUGCUGGCCUGGCACGGAAUUGGAUACCAAAAUAUCCGUCUUUAAAGGGUCUUGUGGAAAUUUGGCGUGUGUCUUGAGCAAUGACGAUGUGGGCAAUGCCGGAGGUGGCUGUCCUGACAAACCAUUCAGUAGUUAUGCCAAGUGGAGAUCCGAAAUUGGAGUGACUUAUUACCUUCUUGUCCAUGGCUUUACCACCAAAAUUGGCAAUUUUGAAAUCAACGUACAGGGUACCAAUGAACAGUGUGAGUAUGCACCCCAAGUGCCACCAGGAGUUGUUGUGGCCAGUGAUACCACCGGAGCCAUCUUUCCCUUUGGGGGAGUCCUCGACAAUUGUGAUGGAACCGGUCUCAUUGGAGAAGCCCCCGCCGUUUGGUUCCAAGUAAGGGGCACUGGCGGUCGGAUGCAAGCCAAAGUGUGUCCGGAGGGUGGAGAAGCAACAGCAGCUCGUCCCUUCAAAUUGCAUAUCUUUGAAGCCUCGUGUGACGAUUACGGUUCCUGUAUGGGUGGCGACGAUCCUCGCAAGGGGUGUGCCCUCUACGAAUGGGAGAGUAACUCCAAUACUCCCUACUACAUUUUGGUGCACAAUUAUGCUCAACCCUCGGCAGGAAACUUUGAGUUGGGCAUUGUCGAUAUGGAUGGCAUUGGUUACAACAACAAUCCAGCAGUGGGGCGAAGUGGCAGCGAUUUGUUUGAUUGA